AAUAUGGUGUGUGCCACUAACUCCCUGAAGGAAUUUAAUGUAAUUAUCGGAUUAACUUCGAGAGGCACCGAAGCUGGAAAUAUUUACUACCAAUGGAGACGUUUUCUGUCUUCACGUUCUGAUUCUCUCGGAGGUCGCGCAUCUUAGGCUAUAGUAUUAAUAGCCAUACACUUAGGUUUUUUGACAACCUCGAAUAAACAGUUAACGGUCUACCAUCCAGGCAUUGCUGAGAUCUGAGCCGUAUGCUGCGUUUGCAAAGCGCUUAGAAGGCUACUUUUUACCCUGGGGAAAGAUGGUAAGCACUUCGAAGACAUCUGCGCCAGCCUUAAAAACUCCAAUCAGAAGGAAAUAAUAUCGCUGAAGGGUGCAGUGACCUGAGAGAGGAUUCAGGCAGGCAGCCUGAGGUUCUGACCGAGAAAUAUCCCCCCUGCCACACACCCGUUCACCCGUCUACUGCAGCAGCUGCAGCAGCAGUCCUUUCUCCCUCCGUGUGAUGUCUGUCUCCUCCCUACCAGAAUGGAAACAACUCCUGCUGGAGCGCAAGAGGAGAGAGGAGGAGGAGCGCGAGAGGAGAGAGAGAGAGGAGGAGGACAGGCUUGCUAGCAUGCCCGCCUGGAAGCGAGGCAUCAUCCAGCGCAGGAGGGCUAAGCAAGAAGGUGGCGGAGGAGAGAGAGACAGGGAGAGAGAGAGGGAAGGAGGCUACCAGGCCGUGGAUUCAGGCGAUGCCGAGAGCUACAUAUUGACACAGACCGGUGGCGAAAUGACCAUUACCCUGGAGCCAGAGAGGACACAGUAUGACCUCCUCCCGAUCAAGGCGUUUGGGCGCGUCUCCAUGGAAAACAUUGGCCCCAUCAGACAGAACCCGUUCAUAAAGUCUCAGAGUGGGUGGAGGAAAAACAGGGAGUUGGAGAAGGGUGUAGAUGUCCAGGAUAAGGGUACAGACGCCGAAAGAGGGGGCAGUAGGGGUCAUGACAAGGAGAUGGUCAGAGGAAGGGAGAUUGACAUCAAGAUAGAGAGACAAAGAGAUAGAAGUGAGGGCAGGGAGAGGGACCGGAGCGUCGGGAGAGAAUCAGGGAAGGACAGAAGUGGAGAGAGGGAUAGAGACAAUGUGAGGAUAACAAAAGAGGGGCAGAAAGACACAGACACCACCCUCUUUCCCCUCGUCCCAGGCCUGCGCACCAUCAAGGCUGAAAACAUUAUUAUCAUUGAGAAAGACAGAAGAGGUAGCGAGAGAGAGGAUAAGAUGAUCGAAAAAGUUGUGGAGAGGGAGAGAGAGGAAAGAGGAGAGAAAAAAGGGAUGAGAAUGGAUCUGAGAGAGUUCCUGGCAGGCGGUGGGAGUGUGACUGAGAUCAGGGCCACAGAGGUCCUGAUUAUCAAACCAGCGGGGGUGGACGACAGGGCCACAGGAGUCAAAAUGGCCACCAGGGGUGGUGAGGGCAGGGUGGACCAGUGGGAGGUGGAGGGGCAGGAGGUGCCGGGGAGAGACCCACGGAGCUCCUGCGAGGACAUGGCGGAGGGCGAGAGGGAGCGGCCCAGAGAGGCGGCCCGGGCUCCAGACCAAGAGCGAGGGAGAGAAAAGGCCAGCGUGAAAGAGCCUGGCGUUUGGCCCAGGCCACAGGCACAGGCCGCCGUCCAGCGAGAGGAGAGGGACGUCAGCGCCGGCCCAAGCAGCAGCAGCAGCAGCAGUGACAGCAGUGGGCUUGUAGAGAGAGGAAGCCGGGUGAGCCAGCUACUCAGCAAAUUUGGGGAGCACCGCAAGCCCCCGUCCAGGUCCAAGAGCUCCGACUGCUUUGUGCGGCUCAGCAGGGAGAGAGACAGGUCCGGCAAAGGGGGCAGCGGUGAUGACCUGAGCGGAGGCGAAGAGGGACAGGAAGACGAGGCGGAGAGGGGGGCUAUGAGGGGGGUGCCUAAGCGAUCCUUCAGCUUCUCCGACCGCGUCAUAACUGCUAAGGAGAACGGGCUGGCCGAGGGUGGUCAUCUCGAUAGGAUGGCGGUUGAGAGGACGUUUUCGGAUCGUAGAACAGGGGAACGUCCCGAGAGGGGAACCAAACCAAAGGUACUGCUAAGAUGGAGGCAUGCAGAUAAACAAGCAAAGCCAGCCGCUGAAGCUGAUGUUAAAACUGAGAGACAGAGUGAGACUGAUAGGGAAGUGAAGGGACCUGAGAAUGAUAUGACUACUGGAGAAAAGACCAACUCACCCAAAGAGGGCCCUGCUGGGCUGGUGGUGAAGAUGACCCAAGAUGAGGGUUUCACCGUGGCCUCUGUCAGAAACACGGAGGGCAUAGCGUUCGCACGCAAGGUGUCCAUCCGCCACGAGGGAAAAGCGAGAGCCACAGAGAAGGAGACCAAGAGAAACGAAAACGCAAGCGACAGAGCGAGCGAGAUGCUGGCCGAGCGACUCACAGAGACAAACAUCACGGAGAGAGAGAUGGAGAGAGACAGGAUGAUCGAGCGAGAGAAAGAGUGGGAGAGACAGAUCGAGCUCCAGAUCGAGGAAAAGAAACAGUCCAGCGUGUGGCGAGUAGAGGCUGAGUCCAAGCCACCCCAAUGCAUAUGCGUCCAUUCCACUGAGAAUGCAGUGUAUGCACCACGCAGCCCGUCCAGAGUUAUGUCUGCUGCUACUGAACUCUCAAACGUUCCCCGUAGCCCGACUGUAAAGGAAGCAGACGCAGGGGGUCGGUCAGAUUGGGAGAGCACUGAGUCAGAGGACCCUCCUUUAACCCAAACUGUGCUUUCGCAACACACAGAGGAGCUCAUCUCCAAGAUAGGCAGGGUGCGGGAUAAAAAGUCCGACCGUGAAAAUCGGAGAAGGACGCAGACGUGUGUGUAUGCAGAUUCCGACACGACAGGUGGAGAAGACAUGCAGAAUGCAGAUAUUCAUUCACCCGAAGAUGAGGCGGUCGUAGACAGCAGCGUAAAGUCUCCCUAUGACGGUUAUUCAGGUCGUGUGUACAAGGAGGAGCAGCCGGUGCUUAAAUCGCCCAAGCGAUGCAUUUCGGUGGGUCUGUCUCCAGUGCCGGAUGAGAUACAGAUCCCAAGAACUGUGUUCUUUGGUGUGGACAUGGCACCAGACAGGCCGAGAGCACGCAUCCCCAGCACAGAUGGACCAGAGGGUGGAGGAAGUGGAAGAGGAGGAGGAGAGGUGGCGGGGAAAGGGGUGGAGAGGAGGGAGAGCUGGAAGGCCGGACGACCCUUGACCCGCGUCGAGUCCCUCCGCGAGAAGAUCCGUCAGAGGGAGCUGGAAAAGCAGAGGGCCAGAGAGGCCGGCGCGGUGGACGGAGAAAGCGAGGAUCUGGACGCAGCGGAGAAGGACACGUGCAAGGAGAGAUGGAGGGACGCAGCGCAGGAGAGGGCGUCCGAGGAGAGGAGGAAAAUGGGGUGGGAGAUGGAGGGAGAAGGAGAGAGAGAGACGACGACGGCCGCGGUGGACGAGUGGAGGCAGGAAGAGCUGCUGCCGCUGACAGCCAGCCCGUUUGACGUCACACAGGAACUCAGCGUGUCAAGAGCCAGCCCUCAACUUCCUGUUCCCCUUUCGCUCUCGCAACCCUUUGCUGCUGCAGAGGAACAAGACGACAGAUCGCUUUACAUCGCUGGCACUCUGAUAGCCUACUCGGACCGCGCGGAGGACAUAGAGGUCGAGGAACUGACCCAACAUGUAGUGGACCUGACGGCCGAGCAGGUUUGUAGACACGGGGACACAGACAGACCGCAAGGCGUGCGUGGCGUGGGAGACGAGAGAGGAGAAGGCGACGAGCUGCCAGACGAAGACUACCUCCCUCCGUCGCAAACCUCCUCACCCGCGAGCUCGCUCUCGCUCUCCCCACCUCUGCCUCACUCGCUGGCCGCCAUGAGCCGCAUCUACAACCUGAAGACGGUGGGCUCGCGGACUGGACUGUGCGAGAGACCCGUGGAGGUCCUGGCGCACAAGCCCCUGCCCCACGAGGACUACAGACCUUUCCGUCCGAAGUUGACGCCAGAGCCGACACCGUGUCAUCAGCAGGAGGUGCAGGUGGACCGUCCGUCUAAGGUGGAGCAUCCCUGGGAGUCCAGCGACGAGCCCCUCAGUGUCCUGUCUGUGCAGCGUCAGGUGGAGCAGUUGCGACUCCGAGAGCAGGAAGUGAGACGACAAAUGGUCCAGACCGAGAGGAGCACCUUCGGUGAAAAGGAGAUCAAGGCGCCUCAGGGUCAGCAGAGGGAGGAGACCCAUCAGCAGCAGCAGCAACAGCUGCGUCCAGUUGAUGGGCAGACGAGGGACGUGACAUCACCAGCAGGCCCCAGAACACCGCCACCUACUUUCCGGGCUCAGCCGAGACUGAACCAAUCGAAGACUUUCUCCGGCCCAUCGCCAGAGAAUGCGAGAAAAUACCCGGAGAGGCCAACAGCGCCUGUGCCACCAUCCUCCCCGGCCAGUCUCUCCCCUUCCCCUUCCCCGACCCACACCCCCUCCCCGUCCGCCUCUCCCUCCCCUCCACUCAUCUCUAUCCGCAGCGCCUCCUCCGCCCCGAGAGGCAAGAGGGGCACCACCAUAACCAUCACCCCCAGAAAGCCAGCUGGAGCAGCAGCUGCGUUGCCAGCCAGCCCCUCCACCUCCACCUCCACCUCCGCCUCCGCCUCCAAACCGGCCGGUCAAACCAAGACGCCCGCCCCCAACGGAACAGGUGAGGGGGGUAAGAAGAGGUACCCCACGGCCGAGGAGAUUCUGGUGAUUGGGGGAUACCAGAACUUGGAGAAGUCCUGUCUGGUCAAAAGCAGAGGGACAGCGAACAAAGGGGGGAAGGUGUGUUUCGACGAGGCCCAGCUGGAGCGAGUGUGUGAGUACCCAUCUGAGAACUCCAUGCUGGCCACCUUCCCCCCCUCCCCUCUGCUGGGGUCCGACCCGGGGAGGGAGGAGAGGGGGAAGGGUCAGGAGGAGGAAGAGGAAGAGGAGGAGGAGAGAGGAGGAGGAGGAGGGAUCAGCAAGAAUGUGGGCUCCGGAGUGGGCCGAGUGCUGAGAGUGGAUGAGUCCUGCAGACGAUAGACAUCCAUGACCUCUGCAAAAUCAACUACUGUAGAUCCAGAAUGCCGAUGCAUCAGAUGUUGAAGGUUUUCUUCGUACAGUGCUCAUGUAUUUUCCAUUUUAUGUGUUGUGUCUGAUUUCUGAUUUGUAUAUUUCAUGUUCAUGUCUAGGUUUUUGUUUGUUAUGAUCUUGUAAAUUGAAGUUCAAUGAGGAAGAAAUGGUACAAUAUCAGUAGGGUGGAAUUGUUGGUUUUGAAGCAGUCUCCAGAAUGCUUCACACAUGUGUUGCUAGGCCUACUUAAUUUCAUGCAGAUUGCGCCUGACAGGAAAAAGAGUUUAAUUUAGCCGGGGUUUCCCCAUACUGCCUUGCACGCGAUUUUAUUCAUGCUGCUAGGCAGCCUGGAUUCCAUGGACCUGAUUUUCACCUCAACGAAGGAACCAAUCACAGAACAGAGGGGGGACAGCGGCUAUGAGCGACGUACAGACACAUUUGAUAGACAUUCGUAGCGCCCAAUAAACGGCUCUGGGCAUUCCCAAACCACAUCUCAAAUACGAGAAAAUGAAUGUGUAGUUCCCAGACCCCAUCUCAAUGAGAUGAGGUCUGGCGUUAGCCAGGCUAAGUUUCAUUAAAAAAUUCACCCAAUUCAGCACAACUUGCAGUUUUAAUAAACAUUGUUUUUGUAGAAGACCUAAUGUGCUUGUCCUUACAUUGUGACUUUCAGCUCAAAACUGCUGAUGAAUUCAAAGUAAGCAUUUUCCAUGAUCUGAACAGCACAACUCUUUUAUAACAAAAAACUACAGUACAUAAAAUAAUAACCAUUCCUACAUGUGUUGCUCUGCACAGAAGUUUCAUUGAUUCCCUUUUUUUGUAGCAGAGUUUAUUUUUAAAGAAAAAUGUGUAUUUUAGUGGACAGAAUUGGUAUUAUUUUCAAAAGGUGAAAUUAUACAUGGAAUGGUGUUUCUGAGAAAGGGAUUGUAAAUGUAUUCAUGUUGUUGCAAGUACAAAAAUGAUUUAAAGAAAAUAUCUGAGGUGAAGUGAACUUCAGUGUACUUACAUUAUGGAUACUUUGUACAUCUAUGUGAUAAUUCUUGUUUUUUUUAUUGUGGUUGAAGAAGCUGGCUUCAAAAUAUAUGUGUAAAUAAACUACUGUGAAUUGA